CUUGUAUUUAAUUAGUCUACUAUAGUUGGAGCUUCGCUUUUAAGUUUACGUAAUGUAUAAGUAUACGUGUUGAUAAGAGUUCUGUGGUCAGCAUUCACCCAAUAACGGAGAAGUAUGUGCCCAUGAUAUGAUUAUUAACUUAUAUAUACAAAGCUACGCCACUUCCCAGCGGGUGAACAAAAAUAAUUCCAGUCUAAAUUCAGUUUUAUCUCAUCCGCAAGUUUCAACUCCGCGGAAAGCUACGUAAGUAAGGUGAAGACGUCUUCAAGUUAAUACGGAGCGCCAAGUAAGAUUUUACUGAAUAUUUUAGUAUUCUUAUCAGUGUUAAUGGAGCAUAUUCAAAUUGUUCUUUCCUUUAAUGCGUUUUGAAGAAGAAACAGUCGUAAAAAUGUGCCUUUAGUUUAUUUUAUUUUUACGGUGUCUUUCACAAAUAUACGUAGCAGGAAAGUCGAUUCUAUUUCUUCUAAUGACCGUCCUGGGAGAGAAGCCUGUUUUCAGUAACAUAUUUGUUUACACAGAUAGGGCUACUUUUCGCGUGUAUUCGUUUUAACUGUUAAACCCUUGGUGAAAAUUCGUUGAUCCUCUGAUUCCGUGUGAGAGCCUGACAGCGAUUAAUUUUUAAUUUGACGGUUGAAAAAAUUUCGCCAAGGCAAAAGAUAUAAAGAUAAGGUCAACAACAUUUCACGUUUCAUAAAAAUUAUUACUGUUAGAAGUCGAUCGUCGUUUGGACAGGCGUCAACAAGUAGAACUGUUUCGUCGGCUGUUUUACGACGUCAUUCUUGCUCUUGAGAUGUACAGAGACCCGCCAUAAUCUCGACCUCUGAUGACGGCAAAAUUGAAAUAUCAUGAGAAUUGAAUUUGUUCAGCAUAAAGAUCAAAGUAAGCUCUUUCUUAAUUCUGAAGUUUUCAAAACCGAAAAACAAGAUCUUCCGUCUGUGAUGUCUCAUCCUGUAAUUCGGAAAAUUAAAAAAAUAAUAAAACCGUUUAUUUUUUUGGCACAUUUUCCUGCAGAUGACACUGUACUGAAUUGUUUUAUAAUACCGACAGAUACGAGCUUUUAAAAGUGAUAGAUUGGAUUAAAAUAAAAAUACAGUUGAUCACGGGAGUUCCGACAUUAAGGACAUUUGUGUUAUGUAAAUUCCGCUUAAUUGCUCUGUCAUAACGCACCUUUGCAGUUGCCUCUUCGCUAUAUUGGCUUAAUCAUUUCAGGCCACAUCGUGGAGGGUAAGAAAAUUAAGUUGAGACAAGGCAAAAGAUGCUAAUUUCUACUAAAAUUGAAACUUAACUUAAAAGCAAAAUACAUGAAAAGAGUACUGCUGGCGGUUUUGUUGCAGUGAAGAUGGUUUUCAGGGGCACCCAACGAGAAUAUAGUUCAAAACCACUAAAACAUAGCAUUGUUAAACGUAUAUUUUAGUAUUUAACCGUAGAUAUAGGCAUAUUUUUUAUCCCCUAAAGAGUUUUCAUCUGUUAGGAUUUCCUAGCAGAAAGUCUAGUGAUCCGAAAAUUAUAGGGAUCAAAACUUACCUUUUCGAAAAUUUCAGCCAGAAAGAUGUCUCCCGAAAAUUCUAGGUGACCUUUUUAGCGUAAAAAUCCUUUAAAAACGGGCAAUUAUACUAUUUUUUAGAUGUUCGAAAAUCCUAGAAGAGGCAGGCAAGCAAGAAAUUUUACGACAAACGUUCCGAAAAUUCUAGAUCUCAAAUCUUCUUCAGUCCUAAUAGAUAUUUUCCGAAAAUUAACGUUGGGUGCCCCUGGGUUUUAACAGUCACGACAUUGGUGAUCACGCCCAAGUUCAGUGUGCAAAAGGUUGUAAACGCUAUUCACCGGAAAAAUCGGAAUUGGUUUACCUACAGAACACUUAUAUCCAGUGGAUACCUAGUGACUUAUCCGGUGGAUAGCGCUUUCCAGCUUUCGAACUAGCGAUUAUUAACAAAAAUUGUAGGCUUUCCUUACGUAAAACCGAGGGAAAUCACUUAUGCUAAAUUGUCACAGCCAUGUGGGAAAACAAGGUAUAAAGAUAAAGGUUAUUGACUCGGGAGAAUGAACACUAAGCGAUAGAGAUGACAAAUCUACGGAUUAACUAACGCACGAUAUUGGCCGAUAUUACACCACUUAAUAACUGUGCGGCGACGAAAUCACUCAAGAAUACCUCCAAUUCAGAGUAGACAGCGGAGUCAGAAAAUGCUUUUUAGAAAUCAAAGAAAGAUAAUCAUGUGGUCAACAUGGAAAUUUAAAACCGUCCAGAGAGAGAGAGAGAGAGAAAAAUAACUAAACAAUAUAGAGGACGCAUAUUUAAUGAAGAACAAUUAGAAGCUUUUCACGAAAAAGAAUAAAAUGCUUCGAUUUAAUACCAAGGAAAAAAAUCGCGACCAAUCAAUAUUUACUCCCUCAUACUGAAGGAACUUCCGUAUAUGGUUAUAGAAUACAUUAAAUAGACGUUUACUUUUGCCGCUUGGAAUUCAAAGACUGUCGACGUCACCGAUGUGUUUUCGAGUCUGGUACUUUGACUCCCGUGUACAUGUUGUGGUCCAAUUUUAUCCUUGGUUUACAUUAUAUUUCCCUUGUUUUAAACUCAUUUUCAUCCAUUACCAUACCCAAAAACAAAGGGAAAUAAAAUUUAAGCCAAGGAUAAAAUUGAACCACAACAUAUACAAAACACUUUUUGAGUCAUUAAACGAGAAACACUAAGACAGGUGCGACCGAAGAUCAUGGUAUACUGGAAAACAACGCCAAUUUGUCGAAUACAAGACACUGGAAAUGAGCUCCCCUAAAGAAAACAAUCUCCCUAAUUGGACGAAAACUGUGUUAUCCUUAAUCCCAAAGACAUCACACAGGACAUUUUCUGAGCCACAAUAGAAAAACACAUUACACUAGUGAAAAACACAAGAAACAGACAUAUGAUACUGCUGUAAAAUCAAACGACUUCGAGGCCCCAACCCAUGUUAGCGCGACGUUUCUUUCUGGCUUAAAUGUCUGACAAAUUUUGUGUUUCUAAAAUUUGAAUUUACGAGCCUGGUAAGUAUUUUUUCCUUGUAGUGGAUUUAGGAUCCUCCAUAGAUUCGCAAGUUAUCCAUCGCGGUAUUUCAUAUCUUUUAGGUGGUUUUGCGGAACACAUUUUCUGAUCUUAAUAGCGCCGUAAACUAAGGCUCUCAUAGUUGUGGUGAUAAUUUCAUCUUUUACAGCAAGCAUAGAUCAUCCUCGUUUUUUUACUAAAAAGAAAAAAGAAAUUAACAUUUUUGUGCGGCGUUGUGGGUUUACAAAUUUUACUGUUUUUUCUUCCUUUUUCUUUCCUUUUUUUUAAUUGUUGGAGUUUCUCUUUCAGACUAAGCGACCGCCUGUACAAGAUGACAUUUGUAUACACUGUGUUUUUCAUCGAGUGGGAGGCUUGUAAGGACUUUUUACGAGACAUAAGAUUUCCGUCGCGAAGCCAAAUAGAAAUUCACGUAUUUCACCGCAAAGACGCAGAUCAAAACCAACUUCGCAACACUAUUCCCGACAAAAAGCUUUACGACGAUAGAAGACCAAUUGUUAUAAAACACUCGUCCCUCACCACAUUCCCGAAGGCUGUCGAAGACAUACUCGUCUACUACGCAAGUUCAUACGACUUCUCCCGGUUCAAGAAACCCGAUGUGUACCUGGUUUCCGGAGAGGGUCGCCGUUACGAAGAGUUGGCGAAGAUUCUACGAAAGGACAAGAGGGUGUCGGCUUGGGUCAUCGACGGAAAAAGAACAACACUUCUGGACUGGCUUGAUGCCAACUAUGUCUGUAAAAUAUGUAAAUUUAUCUUUGAUACUGCUCACGAAGGAGUUCAACAUUAUGAGGAAUAUCACAUGAAGUGAAAAAAAGACUGUAGCUGAGAGGAACGUUUGGAAUAAUAGUGAAAAUUACUCAUCAUUUGCCAGUUAUUUUCUCUGUAGACUGCAAACAGUCCGUAUUUUUACGUAUUCAAGUACGCGCGAGCAGUCAAACAAAAGGUCUGGAAUGAGGCUGAAACAGAGAGCGAGACUGGGGAGAGACGCUAAAAAUACGGACUGUCCGUUUUGCAUACGUUAUAUUCGUUCGAAUUACCCGCUUCUCCCAGCCACGGGCAAUUCCCAUUGGCUAAAUUUCGAUGCAAGCUGUCACCAAGCUGUCAAGUAAUGUUUUCAACAUGUCAUUCACGUUAAGUUGUUCCAUACCGUGAUGAAUUGCUAAAGCUUUCGCUGUAAAAUGACAGAUGUUGAUCGCCUGCAUUUGCUCGCAGGAAUUGGGAUUUGUUUUAAAAUCGGAGCAGAGGGAAGCUUUGGAGUUGCUACUCAGGGAAAAGGAUGUUUUCUGUGUUCUACCAACAGGAUUUGACAAAAGCCUUAUUUAUCGGAUGUUUGUUCAUGCAAAGAGUUCUUCAAGUUCCGUGCAACGGCCGACCGUCAUUGUUAUCUCGCCUGGCUAAAAAAGCGGGAUCGGUAGGAAACACACGACUUUUACCCCAUCAAACAUGCCGCUUGUUCCAAUGAAUUGUUUUCUCUGUCGAGUAGAUUAUACUUUGGAGGAAAACGUUUUGACUGAGCAAAUGUGAAUUUUGGCCGCUUAUUAAAUAUAUUUCAUACUGAGAGGUCGUGACACGCAUAUUGAUUUUCUCUGGUAGGCAUGAUUCGCCCUCUGACGCAAGAGCAUUUUCUUUCUUGGCCCCUUUAGAAAUGUAAAGCUCUUCAUUGCGGCUGAUUAAGGGUUUUAGGUUGUUUUAUUUCUCCAAAGUGCCUCCUGGAUUUGAAUAAUUUUAAGCAAUUUUCUUUGUGUCCGUGAAUGUGACUUUUUCCUGCAAUGUUUUGUCACGCUGGGCCCAGCUCGUUAGCGUUUUUGGCAGGAUUUUAAAUUCUCACAGAUAGUAAUUUACAGAGCUAAAUCACCAAGACGUGGCUCGGAAUGAGGGGAUUUACUCAUUCUUUUCAAUCGCAAUAAUUGUUCAUUGUCAGUUGGCGUGUUCAGUUCUUCUCUAAUUUGCGAAAGCAUCGCCGUGCAGUUUCCCGGGACAAUUUCUAACCGUUGUUCCGCACGGAGAGCAAACUGCUUUUGUGGAGAAAGAUUCUCCUUCCUCGAGGACAACGAAAAGUUCGUUUUUCAGUAGGUCGGCCCACUUUGGUAACGUUUCCCCUUUUCUGGUAGGCGCAACAAACGCAUUUUCCGAGCUUAUCCAUCCAUUCGUAAAAUUGCCGAACUGUGUUUUGAAACAACAGCCGCACAUUCUACAAUUUGUCCAAAGCCCUCGGCCCUUUCGGCUUUCUCCCUCUCCGAGGACCAGGCACAGGCUUUGUUGUCGUACUGCCACUUUCACUCAUUUUUGAUCCUCCACUAUAUAUACUACAUUUCACUAUAUAUUGUACACUACAUUUCAUAGAGAAGCAACGCUAAAAAUAAUAACACGCGAGUCUAUCAAAUUCACAAAGAGGGCGGAGUUGCGAACAGAUUUUUGACAGCUCGACGACAUUUUUGAACCCCCUGGUCGGAACGAACUCAUUGUAUGGAAAACGGACAGUCGGUUUUUUUUCUCUCGCCUCACACGCCCCACGGGCGUGUGAGGCUCGCGUGCUUCGCGCGCGUAAGACUCUUACGCCACGCUUUACCGAUUUCUUUACUGAUUUUGAGAAAAAAACCGACUGUUUUGCAGUCUAUUUUCUCUGUCUUUUUGCAAGUAUUACAAUCAUUUUACAGUUGCGGAAGGCGCCUUUAGUAUAACAUAACUGCGGUCAAACCGGCCAGCAUUUGUUUGAGUGUCUCCAAAGUCGAUGGUUACAAAACAAUGUAGUCUUCACUAGUCUUUGAAAAGAACUUCUUCCCAGAGGCCAAAACUGCAUAAAAUUAAGGACAGGUGUGUGUUGUAAAGGCUCUUAAAACUAACCCCAUUUAACAUGAACUGAAAAUUGAAACCCUUAUAAAGGUUUAAAAGCGAAAAAUGAAAUCCUAAUUAAGGAAACCGAUAAGGCAAACUAGUUUACACGGGUCGGUUUUUUUCCUUUCUUUUCCUGGACAUUUACAGAGCACAGAAUUCUAGCGUAAACCUACCGUAGUUGAAUCGUUUUCUUAGUAUACGAGUAAAGUAGCUUAGGUUUUUUUAUAGCGGCUUAAAUAGCUUAAAUAUGGAGUGCAUCCUAUCACAUCGAAUUACUAUGCAUGCCUGAC